AUGUGGUUUACAAGUGAAGGUAGAGAGCGCCCGCCAUGGCUUCUCAAGUACCGUUCCUCUACAGCCUUCAUCAUCGCGACAGUCUGGACCUCUUCGUUCACGGACUACUUCCUCUAUGCCAUGAUCGUUCCCGUCAUGCCAACAGCCCUAGUCGACCGCGCGAAAAUUCCCUAUGAAGACCGCGAACGCUGGGUCAGCAUUCUCCUCAUAUGCGAAGCCACUGUCGCAUUCAUCUGCUGCCCGAUCUUCGGAUACUUGAUCGAUGUCGCGCCCACGCGCAAACUCCCCUACCUUCUCGGCCUUAUCCUGCUCGGCGCAUCUAUGCUCAUCCUCGGUCUCGCACGCACCAUCGGCUUCUUCGUCAUCGCACGCCUCCUACAAGGCAGCGCAACCGCAAUGGUCGUCGUCGCUGGACUCGCCCUCCUCACCGACUCCGUCCCGUUCGAGAACCUCGGCCAGACUGUCGGAUACCUAGGGUCAGCGGUUACCCUAGGGUUCCUGCUAGGUCCAUUACUGGGGGGUCUGGUGUACAGAGUAGCAGGAUAUCAGCCCGUAUUCGCAAUGGCGUUUGCCAUUGUAGGGAUGGACCUGGUGAUGCGGUUUGCAGUGAUAGAAAAAAGGGUCGCGAAGCGGUGGAUAGCUUUAUCGCAAGAUGAUGCCGACAACGAUAAUGAAACCAACAACCACGACAGUCCCUCUGUAUCAAGCACACCUCAACCCGAAACCACAGAGAACGAAGCACCCAUCAUACCCAAACACUCCCGCAAACCCACCCUCCUACUCCUCAUCCAACAGCCCCGCAUCCUCAUAUCAUCCUGGGGUCUCCUCGUCCACGGCAUGAUAUACGCAGCCUUUGACGCCACAAUCCCCAUCUUCGUCGAAUCUCACUUCAACUGGACACCCCUAGGCGCAGGCCUAACCUUCCUCCCCUCCUCCAUGACCGCUCUCUUCGAGCCCUACUUCGGGAAACUAACCGACACCAUAACCCCGCACCCCAUCGCAACAACAACCUUCCUCCUCCUCCCCAUCCCACUCAGCAUGCUCGCGCUCUCCACCAACCCCACAAGCACCCACAUCACCCUCCUAAUGAUAAACCUCACCUUGACCGGCCUGCUCGUCAACAUCGCCACCCCGGCCCUGUACCUCGAGACCCAGCGUGUAUUGGAUACCAUGGAGCGCCGGGAGCCGGGGAUCUUUGGGCCGAGGGGCGCAGUCGCCCAGGCGUUUGGGAUCCAGACGAUGGCGCAGUUCCUAGGACUGAGUUUGGGGCCGUUGGCUGGGUUCGUGGAGGGGAGGUUUGGGUGGGGGGUUGUGGUUGUUGGGUUAGGGGUGGUUUGUGCGGCGACCGGGGUGGUGGUGGGGGUUGGGUUGAGGGGGGAUGCUUGUUGUGGUGGUGGUGGUAGUAGGUUUGGGGAUGGGGAUGGAGAUGAUGGGGAGAGGGAGAGGUUGCUUGCUGGGGAUUGA